AUGACAAAGUGGGGUAUAGGGAAGAGAUUACCUCGGACAAGGGAGAAGUUACCUGGAGCAACAGGGAGGUCACCUGGGACAACAGAGAAGUCACCUGGGACAACAGAGAAGUCACCUGGGACAACAGAGAAGUCACCUGGGACAACAGAGAAGUCAUCUGGGACAACAGAGAAGUCACCUGGGACAACAGAGAAGUCACCUGGGACAACAGAGAAGUCACCUGGGACAACAGAGAAGUCAUCUGGGACAACAGAGAAGUCACCUGGGACAGACCAGGAAACACUUAUUAUGUACCAGUUACAGUCUGAAAGGCAGACCAUACAGCAUCUCCAGAGAGAAGUCAGACAGCAGACAGAGGAGAAGGAGAAAGUAGAGAAAGUUCUCCUGGACAAGGAAAAGGAAAUUGAGGGCAUGGAAGAGACCAUUGAUGAACAAAAAGCAGAAAACAGAAAACUGACUAACAAACUGGCAGGUUUGGAGGCAGAACACAAACUAGCUCAGCACCAGGAAGAUCAGCAGAAAGCUAUGGUGAGAAGUUUAGAGAGGGAAGUCAGCAGGCUCACACAGGAGAAUGAGUCAGCACAGAAAGUUCUCUUGGAACACAACAAGAAAACAGAGGAAGUAACAGUGGCCAAUAGAGAUCUGACAACUGAAAAGACAAAAGUGGCAGACAGACUGACAGGUUUGGAGGUUAAAUAUGAGAUAGCUAGGCAUCAGAUAGAUGAAAAGGAAGACAUGGUGAGAAGUCUCCAGAAGGAAGUCACCCGACUCACACGGGAGCAGGAGACAGCACAGAAAGUAAUUAUGGACAACAAGAAGACAAUUGAGGACUUAACAGGAGUCAAUAAGGGCAUGGCAGAAACCAUUGAAGACAAACAGCUUACUGAAAAGACAAAACUCACAGACAGACUGGCAGGUUUGGAUGCAGAACAUGAGAGAGCUCAGCACCAAGUAGAAUUGCAGGAAGACAUGGUGAGAAGUCUCCAGAUGGAAGUCAACCGGCUCACAAAGGAGAAAGAGACAGCACAGAAAGUUCUCACGGACAAAGAGAAUGAAAUUGUUGACUUAGCAAGAGCCAAUAAGGGCAUGGAAGAGACCAUUGAUAAACUGUUCGCUGAAAACACAAAACUGACCAACAAACUGGCAAUGAUGGAACAAGAAGAAAAGUUGAAGGUUGACAAGGAGGAAGCCACUGGUUUUUCACAGAAGGAGACAGAACGAAAACAGGGGAAGGCAACUGAGGACUCAAUGGGAGCCAAUAAGGGCAUUGAAGAGACCAUUGAAGAACAGCUUGCUGAAAAGACAAAAGUGGCAGACAGACUGGCACGUGUGGAGGCCAAACAUGAGAUAGCUCAGCGCCAAGCAGAGUGGCAGAAAGACAUGGUGAGAAGUCUCCAGAGGGAAGUCUCGCGGCUCAAGAAGGAGAUAGAGACAGCACAGAAAAUUCUCCUGGACAACAAGAAGGAAAUUGAGGACUUAACAGGAGCCAAUAAGGGCAUGGAAGACACCAUUGAUGAACUACUAGGUGAAAAGACAAAAUUGACUAACAGAAUGGCAAGUUUGGAUGCAGAACAUGAGAGAGCUAAGCACCAAAUAGAUCUGCAGAAAGACAUGGUGAGAAGUCUCCAGAUGCAGAGCGAGGUUACCCAGCUCACAGAGAAUCUGGACAUUUCAGAAAAUAAGGAUUCGCUUAGUCCUUUACUUGUAGCGACAUUCCGGAACGAAAUCAGCCGAUACUAUGCACUACAGGUAUGCAAGCAGCAGCCUGUGGCAUACGAUGAAGAGUUCAUCUUGGAUGUAGACGAUACAUUUACUACGAUGGAUAUCCUACAGUACAAUGUGCGUCGCCAAGCUUUUGACCGACAACCAUUAGAAUCCAUUGCAGAUAUUUUCAAUCCAGGUCCCAACCGUGCAUUGGCAAGUCCUGUAAGAAUCCUGAUAUGGGGGGUUCCCGGAAUUGGAAAGACCACCCUUAUUGCCAAGAUAUUGACUCAUUGGAACAAACAGGAUGUAGGAGUCCUAAAGCGGUAUGACCUUGUUUUUGCCAUUGCUUUGAGGAAGGUUGAGAGGACACAGUCUAUUGUGGACUGCAUCUUUGACCAGCUACCUGUAAGUGACGUGCACAUGAAAGAAGUCCUGGAAGACUAUCUUCGCAGAAGCAGCAGAGUCUUAAUCAUUUUGGAUGGAUAUGAUGAACUUGGGUGGCAACCAGAUGAAGAUCACGACAUCAUGAAGCUCCUGACAGGCAGACUGUUUCCCCACGCCUCCGUCCUUGUUACUACAAGAAAAACAUGCACCUCUGAUAUCAUUGAAAAGAUGAAACCAGACACCCGAGUCGAGAUCUUGGGCUUCAGUCCUGACAACGCCAAGAGCUUCAUCAUGAAGUAUUUUGGAAGACAGCCAUCUGAAGGAGAAGCACUGCUUAAGAAGAUUGGCCCAACCCUCCUGAGUACAGGAAUCUUCUCAGUACCCAUGCUUCUCCUCCAAGUCUGCUUGCUUUGGGAAGAUGACCAAGAUGUGAUACUCAGUGACAAAAUUUGUCUUCUCUACAACCAGGUGGUGACGUGUCUUGUGCGACGUUAUGGUGCAAAGGACAAGAACCCUGUACGUGUAGAAGACAUGCACGCACUUAUGCAUGCCCUGGAAAAACUGGCCUUUGAAUGCUUGUUGAAGGAAAAUGGAGUAACUGUGUUUAACCAGGAAGACGUGAAAAGGUACUGUGGAGAACAAUUCAUGAUUCUGGUACAGCUAGGCUUGUUGAGAGAACAGAAAAACCCAUCCAGGACAAAUCCUGUUGCCCAGUACUCAUUUUCCCACAAGACCAUGCAAGAGUACUUUGCUGCACAGUACCUAUCAGAGAGAUUGACAAUAGAAGAGGCCACUAAGCAUGAAAUUUUGCGACAGUAUUGCCCAACUGCCAGGAAGGUACAGACACUCGGUGAACUUCUCAUAUUGACAUGUGGAAGAUUGGGAAGGAAGGCAAAAUUUAUCCUGGACCAUCUGAGAGAUAUCCACAAUACGCCUGAUGUACAACUUGUGGAAGAAGAGUUCUACAACUUCUUUGUAACUGGAAAGUCCAAGAAAGACUGGAACAAGGACAUCAAGUUGGAGGACUUUGCAAGUGCAGAAGACCUGACACAUCAGUUCAUAGGCCAGUGGAAUGACUACCCUCCUGUGCUGCUGACAUAUCAGAGCUACAUGGAGUUGUAUCUCCUCUGCUGUCAUGAGAGCGGCCUCACUGCUCAGUUUGCCGAGCAGGUGUUUCUGAGAGACACCAUCCAGUUCUCUGGUGCCAGACCAAGGGUGUACAGCGUGCUGUCUCACAUGAUAGCUGAAGCUAGUGAGAAGAUUAAGGGGAUAGAGCACCUACGUCUGGUCAACAUGCAGAACUACUUCCUUGGUUCGACUCUCGAGGAGCUGCACAAGUUGUCAGGUCUGAAAGAGUUGAAUCUGCGUCAGUCAAGGCUUGGUAGGCACCUUCCAACCUGCACCAUCCCCAGGAGGCUGGAGCUACGGUUCAAGUACAGACGAAUCAUGAAGACAUCAGAAGAUGACUUGGCUAAGGCACCUGCUCUCCUAGCCAGACAGCUACCCCACUUAAGAUCACUGAAGAAGCUGGUCAUUGCUUGGAAUGACCUUGGUCCUGAAGACAUGAAACAACUCCUUCCAGCCAUAAAGGAACUGACGAACCUAGAACAAUUGUUCCUGUCAGGAAACGACCUUGGUGGCCUGGGAAAGAACGUGACUGACCUUGUGGCCUUCCUUCCCAAGUUGAAAGUCUUCGAGGUCUACUUCUGCCAGCUCACCUUUACAGAGAUCCAGAUGAUAGCAUCCAGUCUGACUGAGAACUGCCCAGACCUGGAGCUGUUUGACUUCCAGCUGAACCCCAUCCAGCCUGGUGAGUCCAUCUGGGUUGGGGAGAGAGAGAUGGACACAGUAAAAGCAACACUCAGUGACAAGGUGUUUGUGCCAUUAUAUGGGAGUAUAAAAUUACCUCCAGCUUUUUAGAGAUGAACAAGUCACCCUGAAAGGCUUACUGGGAGGACUUUAUGAAUUGAACCAGAACUUUGUAGAAUGAAGAAUUAGAUUAUACUGUCAUUAUAAUCUUCAGUAACUCUUGUGCAAACCCUGGGAAGAUUAACAUCAUGACUGUGUAAGUGACUGUAAAUCUGUAUUAACUUAACAAACUGUAUGAUAGUUCCAUGCUACAUGUAAUUAUACGUUAGUCAGAGUGUCUAAUGGCUUCAAGUUUAUAAAACAAAAAAAUUAUAUUAUCUAAACUAACUGUACGGGCAGUUAGCCAUUUCACUUACUCGAGAACAUCCUUCUUUGUUACAUGUACAUGUUCAUUGUGUAUGCUACAUGUAACAUUAAAUUUAAGUAUUUCCCUUCAAAUCACUUGUAAGGUACCUAACAGAGAAAGUUUAGAGAAAGAACUGAGAUGUUGACAGGUUGAUUAAGCAGAUUGAGUAUACUGCAUUAAGGUAACUGCCAAGCAGCUGAGUAACUGAGUGCAGCUACAUGUAUGGCAAAAUGCAGAGCAGGGAGCAAGGCAGCCUAUAGAGGAUAGAUGACAAAUAGGGAGAUUUUAUGAUUACAACAUGUAUUAAGAACUGUCUCAUUUUUUACAUCGAUUCAUCCACAGCAAAGAUGAGCCUAACCCAUCAGAAAGGAAAUUUUGUUGUUCAGCAAAAUUGUGGCUUUUUUUUUACAACACUUUUACUGGUAACAGUAAGAAUGCUACAUACACUCCAUAGCAUACAAUGUAUAUCUGAUAGUUAUCAUGAAAAGCGUACAUGUAGAUCAAGUGUUAAAAGUUUGAAAGCGAACUACACAAUCCAUACACUUUCAGUUUGGCAAAAAAUGGUAAAAGCAGUUUGGAUUUUAAGAUAUUUGAUUAUUGAGAUUUUAUACUAAGCAAGUAUCAAAUACAUUUUGUACAUGUAUUUUGUUGCUCAAAGCAAAGAUAACCUUUCAUUAUGCUGUCAGUUUGUUACUGAUAUCCAUUCUGUUUUUCCUGAUAUUUUCAUAUUCAGGAUAUUAGGUACUAUUGCUAGGUUUAAAACAGGAACUACAUAUUUAGGUGUACAAGUCAAGAAAAUUACAUUGUAACCAAGGAAGUUUGCGUACAACGGCUGUCUGUACUUAUAUUGUAAAAUUCUGCAAAGUACCAUUUUCCACCUGUGCAAUGUCUUACAGGAUGCUUUUAAUUUAAAAAGUAUUUUUCACUCAAAUGUGCAAUCAGUCUAUCUUUCAGGAACGUAAAAUUAUUUUUGAGUUGUUUUUUUAACCUAUUACAUGUAUCAUGUAUUCCAUUUUGUAACACUACAUUGUGCCAAUUUUUACAUUGUGCCAAUUUUUACAUUUGUGCCAAUUUUUACAUUGUACCACUUUUCCCUAAAAAUUUUCCAAAGGCCUUGAAUAAAAUACAUGAAACAUGAUUUAUCUUGAUUUUGUUAGUGUUUGACUGACUGAUUACUGAUGGCAAGCUUAAAAUACAUUUUAUGGAUAAUAUUGAGAUCAUUUCAAUGUAGAAUGCCAAAUAAUGCAACUACAAGAUACGAAAAGCUCUUUACUUUGUAUAUCAAGCAGGAGGUACUUGUAAAGGACGACUCUGGACAAAAUCAAUAUCGUCAUCAUGAUAGUUGAAAUAAAGGGUCACUACUGCAAUUUAUUAAUCUAUUUUAAUGAAGUUUGACCAGAACUUUUUAAAAUAAAGAAUUAUUUUAUGUCAUUAUAUCAGAUACUGGUCUUGCAAACUCAGGAAAAUCAGUAUCAUGUGCAACUGAUGGAUUAAGUACAUUCAGUCAUUGCAAGCAUCAAAGAUGCUUAAAAUCUAUACAUUACAAUAAUCAUCAUAAUUACAAAACAAAUUCCAGAUGCAUACAAUGUUGUCUUGUUUUCAGUAUUUUUUAUAGCCCAUUACUCUAGCUGUGCUCAGAAGUUUUUAAGCAGCUGCUUUAAGGUUAAUCUACAUCAUUUCAUGUAAUAGAGUUACUCUACAUGUAAACUUGGGAAGACAAUGCAGCAUAACAUUAUGUAACAACAAUGGUCAUUCACUUUGUUAUCAAAUUCAGUCUGCCAUUGAAUUGAUUUGAUACCAAAACAGUUUGACCCUUAGCAAAUCAUGAUUUUGAUAAAGAUGCACAAGUCAUGCACAGCAAUGAGCAGUGACAGUUAUAAAGGCAUCAUCUCCACAUUUCAUAGUUGGCCUAAGUAAAAAGCAACUGUUACAGUUACUGUAACUCAUAUUUAACAGUUACAGUGCACUUUGAGCAGAAUAAAACAGUGAAAUGUUUAAGUAAUCUAAUUUACCAUUACAUUAAAAAAAUGUACUGUGUUUCUAUUUGAUAGCUUUUUUAACAAUGCCUAUGACACAUUGGAAAUUAUAUAUAAAAUUAUAUAUAACUGCAUAGUUUCUAUGCAAAAUAAAACUUUUAAUUGCAUCCUAGCUGUAAAAUUUCACUUUUGAAGUACCCUUUGAUGCUAUACCCAUGCAGCACUACAAAAUCUUUUAAAAAUAGCUCAAUGUAACAUUUUUCAUGAUUGUGUUAGGAAUGUUCAAUAUCCUUUGGAAUCUUUAAGAAAGUUCACA